GAGCCAAAGGGGGCUGGGCCAGAGCCUUAUAUAUCUCUCCGCGGGAGAGGCAGCCCCAGACCCGAGGAAGUUUUCAGACUUUUCCUGUUCGCUGUUGAGAAGUUGUGUGCAGAGCGGAGGCCCCAGACCACUUGCCAGGAUGUGUAAGGGGCUCGCAGCGCUGCCCCAUUCCUGUCUGGAGAGGGCCAAGGAGAUCAAGAUCAAGUUGGGCACACUCCUGCAGAAGCCCGACUCUGCUGUUGACCUCAUCAUUCCAUACAAUGAGAAGGUGCAGAAGCCAGCCAAGCCCCAGAAGCCCUCGCGGGACGAGGCUCUGCAGUGGCGUGACUCGCUGGACAAGCUCCUGCAGAAUGACCAUGCCCUUGCCAGUUUCAAAAGUUUCCUGCAGUCUGAGUUCAGUGAAGAGAACCUUGAGUUCUGGCUGGCCUGUGAGGACUACAAGAAGAUCCAGUCACCUGUGGAGAUGGCGGAGAGGGCGAAGCAAAUCUACGAGGAAUUCAUCCAAACGGAGGCUCCUAAGGAGGUGAACAUCGACCACUUCACCAAGGACCUCACGGUGAAGAACCUGGUGGAGCCUUCCCUGAGCAGCUUUGACUCUGCCCAGAAGAAAGUCCAUGCCCUGAUGGAGAAGGAUUCACUGCCUCGCUUCCUGCGCUCCGAGUUCUAUCAGGAGCUGGUCAAGUAGUGGCCUGGUCCUGAGCCAUGCUCUCCACCAUAGCCGGCCCUUUGCACACCCACCUACCCUCCAAGGCUUUGCUCACGGUGCGUAGCGAGGGCCAAGCGCUGCUCACCCUGGCCCACUGCUUUGGAGUGGCUCUGCCUCUGCUCCAUUCUUAAUCAAGCUCUGCCUGAUUUCUGUUAGCCCCAGUCAGAAUCAGAUGGUCCUGCCUCAGACAUAUGUGCAAGACAAGAACAGGGUGUCAUCAAGUGUGGCCGAGAUAGUAGAUGGCCACCGGCACCGGCUGAGGAGUGUGGAAGGGAAGCCGGUUUCCAGGGACCUUAGUUAGUUACCCCUUUUUCAUUCCUGAAUUUGGUCAGAAGAGGUGGUAAGAGUCUUAUUGAUGUUUAAUUCUAAAGUGAAUUUAAAAUUCUGCUCUUUCCCUUCAAGCAUCUUCAUAUUUGCUGGAUAGUGUUGAGAUACAACCACAAAUACUGUGUUUGUAUAAAACCAAUCCAAAUAUGAUUCAAGCUAAUUCUGUCCUUAUCCCUCCCUCACUUCCUCCCUAUAAAUUCACCAAAUUAUAUUUUAAAUCAACGACCUCAGAUCAACAAUGGGCUGUUUUAUAAAUGUAUUCAUGUUCAUGGGAUGUAGACCAAAAUUUUUAUUUCCAAAUUAUUUGAAAUCUUUGUGAGGGUACAAUGAAUUCCAAAAAUUCUCUGAUCUUAUAAAGCUGCUGCUGUUCCCUGGAGUGACUGCCUUCUAGGUGUCAGGGGGGUGUGCACUUCCAAGGGUAGACAUGGCCUGCAGUGGUUGCCAGGCAGGCCUAUCCCUGUCAGUGAAGGCUGACUGUCUGGCAGGCUCAUCAUCCUUGGAGGGCAGUGUGGUUGCCACUGCAGGCUUCCAAGGAGAGGCAGUUCCAAGGGCCCUGCAGUUUGCAAUUUGCAAAGCUACCAGCCCUUCAUGACCCCACCCUGUCCUGCCUCCUGCCUGAGUGGAGGCUACCUUGGAGGCUGAGGCUCACUCCCCACUGCCUCCUGCACAGCUAAGGCAUAGGCCACGCUGUAUCGUGGACCUGAACUUCUGAUUAUACAUUGCAUUAUCAUAAACGUUAGACUUUUCCUGAACUGUAGUAGGUCUCAUUAGAGAUGAUUCACAUAAUUUGGUAAUCAGCAAAAUCAAGCUGAACCAUGUAUAUGAGAUCAAGGAGGACACCAGGCUAGUUCACAGAGGGAGGUGAUGAGGGGAAUCCAGGGGAAGGUGACCCUGUCCAGUCCUACAUUCACUCCUGCCCAUGUGCAUGCUCGUUUCUCAUGGGUGCAGCUCCUGCUUGUAAUCCCCUAGGAAUGUCCGGAGAGUGGCAGCUGUGCUACUGUUCUUAGGGCCAAACCAAGUGUGCUGGCCUUUGUGUUUUUGUGAUUUCAAGGGAUAAUGUGUUUGAAUUCUUGACUGGAAGUGGGUUGGAGUGACUGAGUUGGCACCACAUCUGCAGGGGGAUGGACUUGUGCAGCCCAGAUGAAAGUCCCUGUGUCAGUUGAGGGCAGUCAGGGACCAGGCUGUGUGUGUGAGUCCAGCUGUGCAUCUGUGUGGGUUCACAGGAGCUCAGACAGGAAUGCCAGGGCAUGCUGGCACCCUCUUCCCCAGCAUCUGACUGCUCUGCUUUGAGUCAGGGAAAUGCCAACACCUGCCUUUCUCAUGCAGCUAGAAAUGUUACAACCAAAAAAUCUAGGUGACUUGUGUUUUUCUUGAAUGCCAAACAUUUUUAAGAAAGAAACAAUUAAAAAUUUAAAUGUCCACAUUAUUUUAAAUACCAAGCAUUUGAAAACACCCAGAGAUUGAAGUGGACAUUACAGAUUCCACCAGAGGUCUGCUGAUCGCAGAUCGCAGCUGGUGCUUCUCAAGCCAGUGCAGACCUGUGGCAGAUGUAGGGGAGGAGGCAAAGCGCAGGAAGGGCCCCAGUGGUACCUUGCUGGGAUGUGGCCAGGCAUGCUCUGCUUACCUACAUGUAGCUGUACUUUCAGAGCAGAAUACACAGGUCGUAUCAGAAACUCUUCCAGCACACAAGUAGUGCAAGGAACGUAAAUAUUCCAGCCUGAAAUGAGAAACCCAAUGUAUUAAAAUUGCCCUAGAAAAAAUUCUGAAAGGUUUGGAAAGUAUUUUGAAACUUGGAAAAACAAAACAACACCCCAUGUUAUUAGUUGUUUCCAUGGUAACAGGAAGAAAACACAUUCCUUUAGAUCUGGGGAACUGAGAAGUUAGAAAAGUGGGAGGAGCUCUCCAGGAGCCAAUGUGCAUCCCUUUCUCCCCUCCUCUGCCCUGCCCUGAGUGAAUGGUGGGAGCCUGAGAGGCUUUGGCGGUUUCCCUCCCCUGGAGUCGCAGCCCCUGCAGGAGGACUUGGGAAGUAGGGAGGUGUGGAGCAGGCUGUGGUCCCUGGAGAUGGAUGAGACGGUGCAGUGGCCCAGGUGUUGGUGGCUGUUCUGCCUGGGUUUGGUAUAGGGUGGGGCUGGGCAGAUGAGGUUUAAGUUAGAGCAGACAAGGAGACUGGAUUCUAGAGCAGAUUAGGAAGCUGAGCAUGGUGUUCGGCUACUGCAGCGGGGCUUGCUCCUGUAACCCCACCCAACAGCUUGUGCACAUGGCGCUGCCCUGGCUCCCGGACCUCACUCAGAGCAGCAGUCACCAGGUGAAAGUCAAUGUCCUACUUCUGCUCUCCACACCUGUGUACCACUCGACUGUACAAAUUAGAUUCAGCAGAUUUCAGAUUUUAGCAGAGCGAGAAGAACUUGAUGAAGAAUUUCUUUUUCAUCCUCUCUAAAGCCUUGGGUUUUACUUAGUGAUGUGUUCUUGUACCCAGUUCAUUUCAACAGGGUGACCUUAAUCAUUGCCCAGAGAACAAAAGGGUCCAUUUACAAUAUGCUGACAAGUAAUGAGCACCCCAGGCCUCGCCAAGCCGCCUGUCCCAUAUUGUGAUGAUUCCAGGUCACCAAAGGGCAGCUGUGUCCUGGGGAAGUGACUUCCUACUGCUGCCCCUGCUCCCUCUAGCAGGCCAAGACCUGUCAGUUGAGCCCACUGGCCAUGAGGCAGCAACCAGCCUGGUAGCCAGUGCAGCUGCGUCUUACUGUAGAACAGCAGGGUGGGUCCCUGACUCAGUGCAGCCGGAGGGACCUCAAGCCAGCACCCCAGCUGUUGGCCCUGGAAAGACAGAGUGGACACCCCCUUCUUUCCCCAUUUGCCUUAGGUACCAGAGGGCAGAGUGGAGAGACCAGUUUUCAACCCAGAUGCAUUCAGACCUGGGGCCAGGCAGCCCUGCAUGGGCUCAGGGUGCAUCUCUGAGCUGUAAUAGGGUCUGGCCAGCUGUCCAGUCUCUGCUUCUGCUAGACAAGUGUGUGUUUGUUAUUUGCUGGGUCAGGUUCUGCAGGUGACAAUUAACAGCUGUUUCUUGUGUUGACAUGAUUUACCAAGGAGGUCCUGUGGCAGACCAAGCCGUCAGUACCUAGUACCCACAGAAAGGCCUUCCUACACUGCCCACCCCAGCUGCCAGGGCCAGGGCUCCCUGGAGGAGGUGUCCAGGAGGGGAACUCGUGGCACACAGAGACGAGCAGGAUAAACACACUGGAGACCUGUGGACAGUCCCUUGGUGUCAUAUCUAGCAGGCUCCUCUUAUAGAAGAGAAGCUAUGAAGCCACCCUCUUCCUGUCCACGCUGGCAAGCCUCUUGCCCAUCACUGAUCUUCCUUGCUUUUCCUCCUGCCUCACUCUGAUGGCCUCCGUUCCUCCACCAUGUCUGCCCGAUGUGCCACGGUGUACAGCUUUCCCUGGCCACCCGGGGAGUGCAGGGCUGUAGUGGCAAAGGGCCAGGGCAGAGAUUCGCCCCUGCAGAUGAGUGAUUCUGAUAUGCUUGCCAAGAGUCCUCUUCAGGUCCCGUGGUGUCAGGACUCGGGAGCCGAAGGCUUCUAGGAAGCUGCAGCUCCCUGGACAUUUCCAGCAGACACGGCAACAAAGGGAGCAGAAGGGAAGGGUCAUCUGCCCACAUGUCAGCAUUUGUCCACAGCUGGUAACUGUGAGAGAGUCAUGUCUGUCUUCUGGUUUUUAUAUCCAACACGUUACAUGCUAUGUGAUUCAUGCUUCUUGAUAAAUAAAGCACCACAUCCAUAUCUGUGA